AUGUCUUCGGAUUGGAGCACUGUAACCUAUGGUUACGGCAGGAACCGGACAGUAGCCAAUGACGAAGAGGCUGAGUAUUCUGACCCGCAGAGGCAGAUGCUGCCCUCACACUUGAUGUCAAACACAGAGACAAGCACCAGCAACGAAAGUGACACUUUCAGAGCAAUGGGUGAGCCCCCUCCUUUGCCCCUACAGUUGCCAGUGGGUGAACCAGAAACAGAGAUGCCCGUGCCCGACAUCAAACCAAAGAGAAGAUUCAUCCCCGACUCUUGGAAGAAUUUCUUAAGGGGCCGCCAUGGGCGUGCGAAGCAGAUGUUCAACUUUAAAUUGGCAUGGGGAGUGGAGGAGGAUUCACCCCCAGUGUCACCUCUUCUGAGCCGGCGCAGGACCGCAUCGAUUGGCAGCGGUGCCUCUGAGGAGGAUUCCCAGCAGGCAGCCAAAAAUAAGAACUCGAGGAUGUUCGAUUGUGGGACAUGGACAGAAAAGGAAAUGGAAGCAGGAACAACAUUUCGGAGUGAUUUCACGGAGAAGCAGCCCGAAUCAGCCCAGAGCUACAUGGAGAGAGUUCACGUCUAUCAGUUGAAACAUGCUUACAUGAAGUCGUGGCCAGGGUUGCUGCGGGUACUGGGAGUGAUAGAGCUGCUCUUCGGAGCAAUGGUGUUUGCCUGUAUAUGUGCAUACAUUCAGAAAGACAACCAGUGGUACAAUGUCAUUGGGGGAUCUUUGCCAAGCUAUGGGUUUGGGAACAAUUAUUACUACAGCGGACCCAAAACCCCUUUUGUCCUGGUCAUGGCUGGCCUGGCCUGGAUUGUCACAGUGGGACUCCUGGUCUUGGGACUGACACUCUAUUAUAGAACCAUUCUCCUUGACUCAGAUUGGUGGCCUCUGACGGAAUUCAUUAUAAACACUUGCCUCUUCUUUUCAUACAUGGCGGCUGGCAUUGUCUACAUCAAUGGUUUCAGUCUUGAGGGUCUGUGCUAUACCAUGAUGGCCAACAGCCCCCUGUACUACCAGCUGUGUCAGGUGCUGAGUGGGCAGAUUGCAGCCGCAGCCUUCCUAUUCGUCAACAUGCUCCUGUACCUGAUCAGUGCAAUUGUGUGUCUCAAAGUGUGGCGUCAUGAACAGACCAGACGGGAAAGAGAAGCCUUUAGGAACAAGGUACACUCUGCUACAUUAGUAGAUGAGGCAACAGUGUCUAGGGUCACCAAAAACAUCCAGCUCUGCUCCAAUGGUCCCAGCGCCCUCAACAAAUCUAUUCCAGCCGGAUAUAUUCCAAAGCCCCUCAUCAUUCCUGAUUAUGUAACAAAGUACCCAAAGAUCGAAUCUGGGGAGGAACGAGAGCGUUAUAAAGGAGUGUUCAACGACCAGUAUGCCGAAUACAAAGAACUACACUCUGAGAUCUAUGCAGCCAACAAAAAGUUCAGAGAGCUGAAGGAUCUGAUAGAAAAACUGCCUCGAUACACAGAGAGUUCAGAGGAACACAAGAGGAUAAUGAAGAUUGUUGAAGAUUACAAGGAGAAGAUCAACGACCCAACAUUUGUGGAGAAGAAAGAACGAUGCACGUAUUUGAAGAAUAAGCUCUCAUACAUCAAACAACGAAUCCAAGAAUAUGAUUUCGAAUGCAGCUCCAGGGACAGGAAAAACAAAGCAAUUGCCUCCAGGGCGCUCAGGCUGACAGUCUUUGAGUUGAAAAGGUCACGUAAACCACCUUUAAAAUAA